UAAUCCUGCAGACUGAGCAAACUGCGUUCAGAUUUGCUUUUGCAGCGGAUACAUCCUCAUCGGACUGGCGCUUUGAGAGAGCUCUCAAAACAAUGAUGGAUCUAUUGACCACCACCCCUUUCUACCACAUCAACACAACAGAUGCCACUGGAAGAAAUGGCUCAAUGUAUGACGAUGAUGAAGAGUAUGACUAUAAGGACGAGCAUGCUGAGCUGAGACAGUCUCUUAACAUCAUGUCUCUCAUUGUUUACUGCCUGGCCUUUGUUCUUGGUGUGCUCGGUAACGGAGUGGUUAUCUGGGUGACGGGGUUUAAGAUGAAGAAAACAGUUAACACAAUUUGGUUCCUCAACCUCGCUGUGGCCGACUUCCUCUUCACUGCAUUCCUGCCCCUGAGUGUGACAUACACAGCCAUGGAUUUCCACUGGCCUUUUGGCAAGUUCAUGUGUAAAUUGAACAGUACAAUAAGCUUCUUGAACAUGUUUGCCAGUGUCUACAUUCUGGUGGUGAUCAGUGUGGACAGAUGUGUGUCUGUGGUGUGGCCCGUCUGGGCCCAGAACCACAGGAGUGUACGUAAGGCGUCCUGUGUGAGUCUGGGUGUUUGGGUGCUGGCUCUGACUCUCAGUGCACCAUACUUCAUCUUUAGAGAUAUUGGAUCAUCAUAUAAUAAUGACGACAUCAUCAACUGCUUCAACAACUUUGCAUUUUCUGAUGACUAUGAAACUCCGUCUGUGAAUCAGCUGCGACAGUUUCGUCACCAGGCCAUGACCAUCACCCGCUUCCUCCUGGGAUUUGUUGUCCCCUUCACUGUCAUUGUGUCCUGUUAUACUGUGAUUAUCCAUCGUCUCAGAAGAAACCGCACCCUGGCCAGCAAGUCGAGCAGGCCCUUUAAGAUCAUCGCUGCAGUAAUCACUAUUUUUUUCCUGUGUUGGGCUCCUUAUCACAUCAUGGCUCUAAUUGAGUUGGUGAAUCACAUGGCUAAUCAUGCAAGUGAAACACUGGACCAUGUCACCACUAUCGGAGUCCCUAUAGCCACUAGCCUGGCCUUCCUCAACAGCUGCUUAAACCCACUGCUCUAUGUGUUCAUGGGCCAAGAUUUCAAAGAUAAAGUCCGCAAAUCCAUUCUGAAUGUUCUGGAGACUGCCUUUCAGGAAGAGGUUUCUCGAUCUUACACCUGCACAAACUCAAUGAUCACUAGUCGGAGCAAAGAAAAGUCUGUUUCUGAUGCUGAAGUAUAAGGUUUGUCCAUGACAUGAAAACACAAAUACUUUAACUGUAACAUAAAACAUAUUUUGAAGUUUUUGUUACUUUUCUAAUAAGGAACCAAAACAGCAGAUAUAUAGGCUAUAUGAGUUGGAACAUUUGACCUGUUACAGUUUUACUGAAAUAGGUUUUAUGAUUGGCUAACUAUUGAGGUCUAGAAAAUAAUUCAGUUUCUCAGCACCACCUUCAGUUCUUCUAAUAUGCUGGAUGAGAAGGAUGGCAAUACUGUAAAAUGACUUGUGGUCCAUCAGCAGUGCAUAGUGAUGGAACGUAUGAAUGUUUAAAAUGAUGAAAAUAAUUAUUUCUAUGCAGUGUUUACCAGAAGCAAAGGCUUGAGUGCUUUACAUCAGUUGAAAUGAAAGGAAACAUAAACAAAUCAACACAUAUGAAUUCACACGUGCAGGCACAUUUACCCCCAUUGAAUUACAGAAAAGCAAGAGGCUGGAUGUGUCUGUUAUAUAUUGUAUCAAUGGUUAUUCUUUGCUAUACAGUCCUGUUUUUGGCUGCACUUUGACCCACAAUGGUAUCUUCAUUACUCCUCUGAAUGGAGGUUCCCAGAUGAGGUACCCCAAUGAUGUCCUGGCUCUUGUUGACCAUUAGCCUACACAGUUGAGUUGUUGAAGGGGCCAAGUGGGAGGCAUUAACACAGCUUGGGUUUGAAGGUGGCAAUGCUGUUUUGGACAAAGUGGCAACUAAGGGCCAUAGGGUAGGUUAUGUAACUUAUCAGUAGGGCAUAGGGGCAUAAUUGAGAUAAGGGAUGUCUUCACUGAGCUCUUAUCCUUUCAUUAGGGCACAAGUACCUUGUGUUUAUUUCAAAAUCAUGCCUUUUAUUGCAAAAACAAGUUUUCAGCAAAUUAGUUACCCAACUUCUCCCUCACACUGGACUCCACCCAGCCACCAACCAGCAGCCACACAGGUCAUAACUGCAUGCAUACAAGUUGAAGUGAAAUAAAAUGUUUUUUCUGUAUAUUAGUCUGUAUUAAUUAACCCAAUAUGUAAUGUUUAUUUCUUGCACAGCUUUAUGUAUGACUAAAACAAAGAAAUGUAUUUAACAGACUGUUGCAUGCUUGAUAAACAAGCUAUUUACAUCUGUCAUUCAACGCAAGCACAGGCCAGUGUAAGCUUUAUGUAAGCUUUUUGAUACUUAUGAAAAUCAAUAUGGGAUUACUUUGCUUAGAAAGUUAUUUGCAUAGUAUACUUGGCUAAGUGUGAUAUUUUUUAUCAUUGUUGGAGGUUUUAGGGUAUGUCUGUGAUCCCAUCCAACAGUGAAUGCAUCUUAUGUAAAUAAACUGACAGCUUUAAUUUA